GAGCGAACGGCCAAACGGGCUGUCAGUCAAGCGGAGUGGGCGUGGCUUGGCUCUGCCACAUAAAUAGCGACGGCUGCUGAGAGAAAAAGGAGGAAAAGCGAGGAGUGAGAGAAAAGUGGUUGUAUUCAAAUCAGGCGAGACAGGGACGGAAGAAAGAAGUGUGGCUCACAUCCGAACAAAUGGAGGAAGAGAAAGGCGAGCAGAUGAAGCCUCUGCUAACCACAGGUAAUGAUGAUGAAGCUGUAGUGGACUUGGGGAAGACGAGCUCCACCAUCCACACUAACUUUGAGAAGGAGGAGCUUGAAAGUCACAGAGCCGUGUACGUCGGGGUCCAUGUCCCAUUGGGGCGACAGAGCAGGAGACGGCAUCGACAUCGAGGACACAGACACCACCGCAAACGGAGAGACAGAGGCUCGGAGCGCGAGGACGGACGAGAGUCGCCCACAUACGACACUCCCUCUCAGCGUGUUCAGUUUAUUCUGGGUACUGAGGAUGAUGAUGAAGAGCACAUUCCCCACGACCUGUUCACUGAACUGGAUGAGCUGCACUUCCUCGAAGGAGAGAUGUACGAGUGGAAGGAGAUGGCCAGGUGGCUGAAGUUUGAGGAGGACGUGGAGGAUGGAGGUGAGAGGUGGAGUAAGCCGUAUGUAGCCACUCUCUCGCUCCACAGCCUGUUCGAGCUCCGCAGCUACAUCAUGAACGGCACCGUGCUGCUCGACAUGAGAGCUAACGCCAUCGACGAGAUCGCAGACAUGAUCAUCGACAGCAUGGUGGCGUCGCAGCAGCUGGACGAGUCUCUGAAGGAGAAGGUUCGGGAGGCCGUGCUGAAGCGACAUCAUCACCAGAGCGAGAAGAAGCUGAGCAAUCGCAUCCCGCUCGUGCGCUCCUUCGCCGAUAUAGGCAAGAAACACUCGGACCCGCACUUACUCGACCGGAACGGGGAGGGGCUCUCCGCCUCCCGCCUGUCACUUAGGAGACUCUCCUCCCUCCCUCAGUCACGCCGGGCGUCCCGAGACUCUCGUGGCUCCUUCAUGCUCAACUUCCUGCCGCCAGAGUCAAGCCCCGCCCCUUCUGUGAACACCACGCCCCCUUCCUCUUGCCCCACCCCCUCCCAGGUGCCUAAGCUGCUCGUGUGCGGUAGAGAGACAGACGACAUCCCUCAGGUAGUGCUGUUCCCACCUGAGGAGGAGGAGUCUCAGUUUUGUGACCCUGCCCACUAUGAGGGGGAGGGGCCUGUGCCUGGCCCCGCCCAGAACUUCCUUCUCCUGGCCCCGCCUUCAGAAGGUCUCAUGGCGUCUCCACACUCUGCUCCCGGAGGUCUGGAGAACAGUAAACCCAGUGAGAGUCGGAUGAACGGAGGGAGCAGAGAGAACAGCACAGUGGACUUCAGUAAGGUGGAUAUGAACUUCAUGAAGAAGAUCCCCCCCGGUGCCGAGGCGUCCAACGUGCUGGUCGGUGAAGUCGACUUUCUGGAUCGACCAAUCAUCGCCUUCGUCCGUCUCUCACCUGCCGUCCUCCUCACCGGCCUCACGGAGGUCCCAGUCCCCACAAGGUUCCUGUUUUUGCUCCUCGGACCGUUUGGUAAAGGCUCUCAGUACCAUGAGAUCGGCCGCUCCAUUGCCACACUGAUGACUGAUGAGAUUUUCCAUGACGUAGCGUAUAAGGCUAAAGACAGGAACGACCUGCUGUCCGGGAUCGAUGAGUUUCUGGAUCAGGUGACGGUUCUGCCGCCGGGCGAGUGGGACCCCACCAUCCGCAUAGAACCUCCUAAAAAUGUCCCGUCUCAGGAGAAAAGGAAGAUGCCGGUGCCAAAUGGCCCCGCCCCCCAGUCUGAGGUUGUCAAAGAGGAGGAGCAUCACGGGACCAGACUGAAGAGGACAGGACGUGUUAUUGGUGGUCUGGUGUUGGAUGUGAAGAGGAAAGCUCCGUUUUAUUGGAGUGAUGUGCGUGAUGCGUUCAGUCUGCAGUGUUUGGCGUCGGUGUUGUUCCUGUACUGCGCCUGCAUGUCUCCCGUCAUCACGUUCGGUGGCCUGCUGGGAGAAAUCACCAAGAACAACAUCAGUGCUAUUGAGUCGUUAUUCGGGGCGUCUCUGACCGGAGUGGCGUACUCUCUCUUCGCCGGUCAGCCCCUCACGAUCCUGGGCAGCACCGGUCCGGUUCUGGUGUUUGAGAAAAUCCUCUUCAAGUUCUGCAGUGAUUACGGCCUGUCCUACCUCCCCCUGCGCACCAGUAUCGGGUUGUGGACGGCGUUCCUGUGUGUGGUGUUGGUGGCGACAGACGCGAGCUCUCUGGUGUGUUACAUCACGCGGUACGAGGAAGCCUUCGCCGCUCUCAUCUGCAUCAUCUUCAUCUACGAGGCGUUGGAGAAGCUCUUCCACCUGAGCGACAUGUUCCCCAUCAACAUGCACAACGACCUGGACAACCUCACCUUCUACAGGUGUCAGUGCUCUCCACCUUUGAAUGCUACAUCUGAGCUCACAAACCUGUGGAAUCAGAGCGGCUUCACUCCCGACUCCAUCAACUGGAGUGAACUGGAUGUGACUAUGUGUAAGAAGCUGCAGGGUGUGUUUGUGGGUCCGGCGUGCAGCGCUCACGGCCCCUUCAUCCCCGACGUCCUGUUCUGGUCCAUCAUCCUCUUCUUCACCACCUUCUUCCUCUCCGCCUUCCUCAAACAGUUCAGGACCAAACGCUACUUUCCCACCAGGGUUCGCUCCACGAUCAGCGAUUUUGCGGUUUUUCUCACCAUCAUGUUCAUGGUGCUGUUGGAUUACCUGGUGGGGAUUCCUUCACCCAAACUCAAUGUCCCUGACACCUUCGAGCCCACCUCUAAAGGCCGCGGCUGGUGGAUGACUCCGUUGGGUUCGAAUCCCUGGUGGACGCUGUUAGCAGCAGUGAUUCCUGCUCUGCUCUGCACCAUCCUCAUCUUCAUGGACCAGCAGAUCACCGCCGUCAUCAUCAACCGCAAAGAGCACAAGCUCAAGAAAGGCUGUGGGUAUCACCUGGACCUUCUGGUGGUGGCCGUGAUGCUGGGCGUGUGCUCUCUGAUGGGCUUGCCGUGGUUCGUAGCUGCCACCGUUCUCUCCAUCUCGCAUGUGAACUCUCUGAAGGUGGAGUCUCAGUGCUCGGCUCCGGGGGAACAGCCCAAAUUCCUGGGAAUCAGAGAGCAGAGAGUCACCGGCUUCAUGAUCUUCGUCCUCAUGGGCUUAUCCGUCUUCAUGACCUCCGUGCUCAAGUUCAUCCCCAUGCCGGUGCUGUAUGGAGUUUUCCUCUACAUGGGCUUCUCAUCCCUUAAAGGCAUCCAGUUCUUUGACCGCAUUAAGCUGUUCGGGAUGCCCGCUAAGCACCAGCCUGACCUGAUCUACCUGCGCUACGUUCCUCUGUGGAAGGUCCACGUGUUCACCUUCGUACAGCUCACCUGCCUCGUGCUGCUGUGGAUCAUCAAAGCCUCGGCCGCCGCCGUCGUCUUCCCCAUGAUGGUCUUGGCUCUGGUGUUCGUGCGGAAGCUUCUAGAUUUCUGCUUUACGAAGCGAGAGCUCAGCUGGCUGGACGACUUGAUGCCAGAGAGCAAGAAGAAGAAGGAGGACGACAAGAAGCUCGCCAAAGAGGAGGCAGAGCGAAUGCUGGAGGCUGAGGAAGUGAUGGAGUACGACAGCGACAACCUGCUCAGCAUCAAAGGCCUCAAAGUCAGCACUGACCCGUCUGUAGUCAACAUUACUGAUGAAAUGGCCAAAACCAGUAUGUGGAAAGCUGUGAACUCUGACCCCUCCAGAGGGCCCAAAUAUAGGGAAAGUGAUAAAAGCCCUAGUAUUAAAAUCACAGUGGACGACGCAGAAAGGGGGACAUUCGUGGACACGGAGACAUCGCUAUGACAACAGAGAGAGCAGAACCCCUGAGAGGAGAGACGGAGAGAGAGAGAGACGGAGAGAGAGAGAGAGACGGAGAGAGAGAGAGACGGAGAGAGAGACGGAGAGAGAGACGGAGAGAGAGACGGAGAGAGAGACGGAGAGAGAGACGAGUUUCUCACAGCAAAUGUGUUCAGGGGGAAACAUGCCCACGCUGCUGUGUUUUAUCAUCACACACACACACACACACACACACACACACACACACACACACAGUAUGGUGAUUAAAUGUAAGCGGUGUGUAGCGACAGCGUCAUUCGCUGAGGUACGUCAUCACACACCCGAGAGCCAGAACGACGCCGGACUGCACACCUCUUCUGUUUUUAUUAUUAUUAUUAUUAUUAUUAUUAUUAUUACUGUAGUGUUUUAAAGGCGAGACGUCCUGCUGUGGGUUUAGCGGCGAGUCUCUCAGUCCGCUGAUGAUGUAGCGCUACACGCUAAACUGGUAGCUGCAGGUGUGUGUUGCGUGUUAGCGACGUUAGCCUCGGAGCUGCAGCGCGUCUCUCCGGUCCUCUGCCUUCAGACCACAACUGUUUAUUUACAUUUUAUUUUUGUUUUAAAGUUGCGUUUUUGGGACUGUUAAACCGUGUAAAACUGAAAGGUGGCGUUUACAGCACGUGUGUGUGUGUGUGUGUGUGUGUGAGUGUGUGUGUGUGUGUGUGUGGACUCUUCACUCUUCACUUCUGUAUUUAAGAAAUUUAAACGGUUCUGUGUUUAACAUCGUCGGAAAAUCCGUCACGUCCUGUUUACAUAAAAUUACACGUUCACGCGUCAGUCGCGCAAGCACGUCUGUGUGUGUGUGUGUGUGUGUGUGUGUGUGUGUGUGUGUGCGCUGAUAUUUCAUACACUUCAGAAAAUCUAGAACCAUUAAGGGUUCUCCAGUUGUCCCUCUGGGGGAACUAUUAAAGGUUCUAUGUAGAACCCUACAAUUAGAAGUUUACUGUCAGACCGGAUUCCAACUGGAGCUCUGUUUUUGGAAAAUAAAAACCAGCGAACCCUCAAAGAACCUUUAAUUAUCCAACAAACUCUUAAAGAACCUUUAAUUAUCCAACGAACCCUUAAAGAACCUUUAAUUAUCCAACGAACUCUUAAAGAACCUUUAAUUAGAGUUCUAGAUUUUAAGGAUUAAAUAAUGAGCAGUGAUCUGGAGUGUGUUCUUCACUUAUGCUGUUAGAACAAAGGGUUCUUUAAGGGUUUCACUGAAUAAUGAAUAAUUCCUCACGUCCAAAAAAAAGCUUCUUCUGAUAGGAACCCACUUGUAGUAGAACCUCCUCUGAGAGGGAAAUGAGAAGAACCCUGAGCGUUCUAGAUGGAAGCGUGUAGUGUCUGUAUUGCGGUUUACGUCCCGAUGCGCUGUGCGCGCGCAGAACCCAGUGUUAGUGCUGAUGUGAGAAUAUCGUGACGUCUCGCUCUGUUCUCUUUAAACCUGAAGGGUUCUCCUCACGUUCCUUCCCGUGUUUUCUCUGUGUUCAUCUCGGAUUAAAUCGACUCGUUAGCGCCCCCUCAGGACAGUCACGCCAACGCCGCAGUUGCACCAGAAUGUGAUUGCUUUCUUUUUUUAUUUCAUUUUUUUUUAAAGAAAGAUAACUGUUACAAACCACGUUGUGCCUGGUAUUUAUAUAAAAACAAACCCCAAAUUAAAACUGUCCUGAUUUUUUUUUUUAUUUAGUUUUUUUAUUCGUACUUUUUAGGCUGCUCAGUUUGAAACUGUUCAUUAAGUUAUUAGACGUUAUUAAUGAAGUAUUUAAAGUUUUAUUAUUUUAGAUUAGAAUGAAAUUUAAUUUGAUAUGAUUCCUGAUUUUUUUCCAGCUUUUGUUCUGUUUUUUUAAGCCGUUUGUUUCUCGGACGUCACGGCGCUCAUCAUGUCUUCCUUUUGAAGAUUCAGAACAAGUAUUUUUACUCGACAGUGCUGCAGGUUCUCACAGAUCCUCCGCAAAGCUGCUCCUUUUCACACGCGUUUAAUCGUAUAGAUUUUUGUAGCCAUCAGCAGACUGUUUAUAAAACUGUACAGUAAAACUGUUAUUCAUACAGAGGAGUCGUUUUUUUGUAAAACCUCUAAAAAUUGUUCAAUAAAAGCAGUAAAAUUGUUA